CGAUGUCCGCGGGAGGUCGAGGUUAUUUUUAUUGUUUUGCAAUACUAAUUUGAAUUUACGUGCUUAAACAAUACACAGUGAGUAGGUAUUUAGUGGUGAAUCAAAGAAUUUACAUCGUUUUAAUUGAAGCUGACAAUGCACAGGAGAAGUAACUAAGAAUGUGACUAAGAUGUCUGUAGAGAAGACGCGAGUGCCGCUACUGCGCGAGGAAGGAACCACUAUCACUCAACAUGGCGUAUCGAGCGAGAAGCGGGCGGCGGGCGGCGUGGGCGUACUGACGUCGCUGGCGGCGGGCGCAGCGGCCGGUGCCAUCGCCAAGACCACCAUCGCGCCGCUCGACCGCUGCAAGAUCAACUUCCAGGUGUCCGCCACGCCGUACUCGUGGGCGGCGGCGCUGCGCUUCCUGCGCGAUGCCGUGCGCGCCGAGGGCUGGGCGGCGCUGUGGCGCGGCAACAGCGCCACCAUGGCGCGCAUCGUGCCCUACGCCGCCGUGCAGUUCGCCGCGCACGAGCAGUGGAAGCGGCUGCUGGGCGUGGACACGGGCGCGGGCGGGCGCGCGGCGCCGCUGCGCCUGCUACUGGCGGGCUCGCUGGCCGGCGUCACCUCGCAGUCCGCCACGUACCCGCUGGACGUGGCGCGCGCGCGCAUGGCGGUGGCGGCGCGGCCGGUGGGCUCGCUGCGCGCCGUGCUCGCGGGCAUCCUGCGCGAGGAGGGCGCGGCGUCGCUGUACCGCGGCUACUCGGCGACGGUGCUCGGCGUGGUGCCGUACGCGGGCGUCUCGUUCUUCACGUACGACACGCUGAAGCAGGCGCACCGCGAGCGCACGGGCCGCGAGCCGAGCGGCGCGGUGAAGCUGGCGAUGGGCGGGGCGGCGGGCGCGCUGGCGCAGACGGCGAGCUACCCGCUGGACAUCGUGCGGCGGCGCAUGCAGACGGCGGCGCGGCGCGCGGACCGCACCUACCCCUACCCGACGGUGCGCGCGGCGCUGGCGCUGGUGUGGCGCGCGGAGGGCUGGCGCGGCUUCUUCAAGGGGCUGAGCAUGAACUGGGUGAAGGGCCCCAUCGCGGUGGGCGUGUCCUUCACCACGUACGACUUCAUCAAGUCGGCGCUGGCGGGGCUGUCGCCGCCGUGAGCGCGCCCCCUCGCGCCCCCCUCGAGCCCCCCUCGCACCCCCCUCGCGCCCCCUCGC